CUCACAUCAUGUUUACUUCAACCGAAGUGAAUAAAGUCCAGGCAACCACUAAGCAGUGUAAGGAAGGUGAAAUCUUAGACCCCGGCACGAAUGUAUGUCGAAGAGUCACAUGUUCUCUGGGGUUCAUUUUGAAAGAUGAAACGUGCGUGCGAACCAAUAUGACGGACACAUACAGCGACUCCGAUAUAAACAAUAUCGCUAACAUCACUUCUCUUACCAAUCUUAAUAGCAUCGCUGUCAUUUCUUUGGAAGUGAACGUCACCUACGACGACCUGGGACUAGCUCUCUACGCUCUGGAAUUCAAACCUCUCAUGGUGAAGAAGAUCGCUAAGUUGUUGAACAUCAGUUCGGAUAGGAUUCAAAACUUUACCAUCGAGUUUGUCAAUCAAUCCGAAUCGUCUGGACAUCACAUCCGCGUGCAGACCAUGACACAGGAAGCGUUCCAAAGUCAGGAUUCUAAAUCUGGAAGUGAUGGCGAUAUUUUGCAAGUCGUCACGCAAUAUAAAGAUACGGAUACCGAUCCUGGCAUGGACGCUUUUGACGAAAAUGAUGAUUCAGAAUCUGAGCAAUACGAAGGAAUACGACCAGAGAACAGUUCUGAUCACGUGCAGCCCAACAUUACGGUAAAGGGUUUCGCUGCUAAGAACGUCAACGAAUCCGACUUCAUUAAUAAAUCGAAAAUCCUCAACCCACAAAUCCUUCGAAUGGCCUUCAUUCUUCUUCCGACGAGGAAAGCGUCCAAAGAGUCAAUAUCGGAGGUAAUAAAGAAAAUGAACUCGAUGCUGAACCAGAAUACCUUUAAAAUUGACAUGAAUGGGACUACUUUUCACAUUGUUAAUGUCGAUGACAAGGUAGCCGCGGAGGAAAAGACUUUCUGCAAAUUUGGAACAAAAGAUAUAUUCUUUGACAAUGAAUUCCAAGUGUGGAAAGUCAACGGUACCGAUGAGAAUACCACGACAACCAAGGUGUACAUUCCCUCCACGCACACUAUAUAUAACCCUGGGGAAUAUGACAUGACGGUGCUGGUCCAGGGCAGCUUGGGUACCGAAACCAACGUCACAGAUGUUGCUGGUUACGUGUUUGUCUGCAUUAAUCCCAGAAUUGUGACACGGAAUUGUGCACGGAUAACAAUCUUACAAGAGGAGUACACCCUGUACACAAACAAGUCCAUUAUGUUUUACAAUGAGAUCUAUAGCAUGACACAGUAUGCUGUUCUUGACGAAACGGUGGGAACUUUAGUAAUCUGCGUCCCUGAGGAAUACUACAAGAUCGAGAAACAGCAGCAAACUAAGCACUGGAUUGUCCAAGAGUGUUACCAUGGUUACGAGGAUUUCAUUAAAACCGAAGGAUACCUUACAAUAGUGAUUGGCAGACUGUCAAUAAUUGCGCUUUCCUCCGUGCUGCUUACGUAUUUCUUGUUUAAAAGUUUGCGCAACCUUCCCGGGAUCAACACGAUGAAUUUGACCCUGGCGUUGCUGAUCGGAGAGAUCCUGUUCAUCGAAGGCGAAUCCACGGCCGUGCCUUGGGUUUGUAAAUUUGUAGCGGUAUCCGUGCAUUAUUUCUUCCUGGCCUCGUUUUUCUGGAUGAACGUGAUGGCGUAUGAUGUGUCCAAAACAUUUGCCAACAAGUGUAUCCUGACGCGGAUUCGGAAAACUCGUAAAUUCAUACCCCGAUAUGCCUUGUAUGCGUGGGGCUCUCCGGGUGUGAUUGUCGCCGUCUGUCUCAUUUUCGAAUUUAACGGUGUCACUGAUAAGUUACACAUCGGUUAUGGAGAGAGUACACUGGUCGAUGUUACAUACGAUAACGUCACAAGACCACCAGAUGGCGUCAUUUCAAAUAACAGUCAAGUGAAGCAUUCGUCACAUUCCGUUGGUUGCUGGAUACAGAGCCCCGUUGCAGCCCUGGUAGCGUUCGGGGCCCCCGUUCUCACACUUUUGGUUAUAAACAUUUUUUUCUUUGUUCGAACAAUAAUUUGUAUACAGGCGACCGCUAAACUUGCACACAUCAAUACCAGAAGAACGUUCAGUCACAUGACUGGCAGAAAUGACGUCAUGCUGUAUGUCCGGAUGUCAACUGUUAUGGGUUUCACAUGGUGUUUUGGGAUAGCAUCGUCGAUCGUCAGCGGAUUGUUCACCCCACCCAAUCGUACUGUUUGCUUAUCACUUCACAUUUUGAGUAUUUUGUAUACAAUUUGUAUGUGUGCUCAAGGAAUCUUCAUAUUUUUUGCCUUUGUGUUUAAGAAACGUGUCUAUUAUCUGUAUCGAGGACUGUUCAGAAAAAUUAAACUAUCUUUUGAGAGACGCCGAUCAACUAAAUCACCCUCUUCUUCUUCAACCUCGGUGAAUUCAAAUUUCACGAAUAUAUCUCAUAUAUCGCGAUAAAAAUAAGUGGACUCAACCUGACAAACACAACUACGUUAUGGUAACGUUAAAAUAACGCCAAACUUUGAUUGAUAAAGUUGUUGUUACUACUUCCAGAUAAAUAGGAUUACGUUAUGCCACGCAUUGGCGAGGUCGAACUGUGACACGUGACAAUGUUCUUUAGUGCAUUGACUUUUACGACACAGUGGAAUGAAAUAUAUGCCAUUGUUUUUUUUAAACAAAUACUAAUUAAAAAUGACAAAUCAUUACACGUGUCACUAACCACAGGUGCAAUCCGUUAUUACUAGAUACUAACUAGAAAUAAGCAUAAACCAUCCCCACCAUAACAAACCAGUGCCAGACUUAAUUUACAAACUUUUAACUAUGUUAAAUUACCAAAGGACAACUU